GCACAGUGUCCUAGUGUUGGUGGUCGAGGCAACAUCUCUCCCUCUCUCUGUCCUCCUCCCUCCCUCCCUCCUCGUCUCUCACUCUCACUCUCACUCCCCCGUGGCUGUGUGUAUUUUUUGGGGGGUCAAGAAAGUCUUUGUUGUUGGUCAAGAUGUCGAUGUCGUGGUGUGCCGGGGUGCUGCUCCUCCUGACGGCAUGCGGGACCUGCCUUGGCGAAGAGGCUCCCACGGCCAACGCGACCUACCUGGAGAAGCGACAGGAACACGAGGCGGCCAAGACGUCGUCGGGGGAGACGGACGAAGAGGCUCUGUUUAUCCGCCUUCCCCACUCGGCCAUUGUGGACGACGAGGGCAAGUUCCACCUCUCCUGGGCAGUGGACAUCGAGAGACAGGAGAUCACGCUGGAGUUGUCUGUGGAGACCUUAGGAUGGGUCGGCUUCGGAGUGUCUCCCAACGGCGCGAUGGACGGCGCGGAUAUCCUGACGGGCUGGGUUGACGAGGACGGAGUUGGUCACAUUCAGGAUCGCCACGGCACCGGGAACGUCAAGCCAGAGAUGGACGAGCAGCAGGACUGGAGGCUGUUGAGAGCCAGCGAGAACGAGACACACACGGUGAUGGUCGUCGUGCGAGACCUCAGCACCUGCGACGACAAGGACAUGCCCUUCAUGAACACGACCAAGAGGGUGAUCUACGCCUACGCAGACGAAGACCCAGCCAACGAAACGGCCCUCCAGUACCACGGGUCUUCCAAAAGCGGGUCACGGUACCUCGUCCUCCUGGAACCCCAAAGCGAGGUCAUGGAGAUGCCAGAGGACGCCAAGAAGUGGACGAUCAUCCAGAAACAUACCCUCAGCAGCGACCGGGACACGGUGUACUGGUGCAACAUCGCCACGUUCCCGCACAAGGAGUCCCAAGUCCAUUACGUCGGGUUUAACAUCCAGCACGGAAAGAACUCCCGCACACACCUCCAUCACGUGGUCAUCUGGGAGUGCACCGGAGACGCCAACUCCGCCGCAUACAGCCAGGAGAGAGAGCGCCUCAUGCACUACGCCUCACAGGAGGGCCAUGAGUGCCUUUCGCCGAACAUGCCACCAGACUAUGCAAAAUGCGACCAUCCAACCAUCGUCUGGAGUUCGGGAAUUGAGGGCGAACGCGAGCCAGUCCACGUGGGAAUGCCCCUGGUGUCUGCCCCGGGAGAACACGCCUUCUUCAUGGUCGAGGCUCACUACGACAACCCUGCGCUGGUGGACAAUGCCGUCGUGGAGUGGGGGAUCGAUGUGUAUUACACGGAGGAACUGAGAGAGUUCGAGUCGGGUUCGCUCAUGGUGGGCAGCUCCUUGAACUUCGGCAUGGUGAUCCCUCCCGCGCAGGCCCAGUGGAGCGCUACCGGCCACUGUCCCGCCGGCUGCCUGGUGGAGGGGAUGCCUGAGUCUGGUAUCAAGGUGUACCAGAUCCUCCCCCACGCUAUAUCAUCGGACGCAGCAUCCGAGUGCGACACUUCCGGGAUGGCAAGGAACUCCCUCCUCUCGCGGUGGACGACUACUACGACUUCAACUUCCAACAGAUCCUGAGGCUGCAGGAGGAGCGAACCAUCCUCCCGAGCGACCACAUCACCACAGAAUGCACCUUCGACAGCAGCAGCCGCCAGAACGCCACCUUCUCCGGCUACGGCUCGCGGGACGAGAUGUGCCAGGCCUUCCUGUUCUACUAC